UGGGGGCGGAGGGAGCCGGAGCUGUCACAGGCCCUCGGCCCGCCUGACUGAGCCAAGUGGGGUGUCAUGGCCGCGGGGGGCGGCGGCGGCGGCCGGGGAGUUCGUCCUCGACGCACGGGUCGGUCCCGUUUCCCUCUGUGCGGCGGCCGGCGGGACCAUAAGGGCUUAAUUCAUAUAUUUAAUCCCCCUCCGAAAAGGUUUGAAACUAUUCUUGAAGGGCUGUUUGGACCUGCAUUAUUGAAAGAUCUCAGUUUAUUUAAAGAGUGUGAGCCUGAAAACGUUUCUGAUUGGACUUUUGAUGAAAAUUGUCUGUUCUGUUGCUUGAGAAGAGAUAAAGUAAAGGGACACUUAGUCCGCCUGGAUGAACCAGCUUCGGGAGCUGGGCAAGAAGCUCUGCUUACACAAGAGCAAGCAAAAAUCAUUCGGUUCGAGAGACAAGCAGAAGAGUUCCUCAAUGCAGUCUUUUAUAGAAAAGACAGUCCCUGGGUCUCCGACCCCAAUAUUCCCCUAGUGGCCCGUGAGAUCAUGCAGCGAAUGAUCCAACAAUUUGCUGCUGAAUAUACCUCAAAAAAUAGCUCUACUCAGGACCCCAGCCAGCCCAAUAGCACAAAGAACCAAAGCCUGCCGAAACCAUCUCCAGUCACCACCUCUCCCACGGCUGCAACUACUCAGAACCCUGUGCUCAGCAAACUUCUCAUGGCUGACCAAGACUCACCUCUGGACCUUACUGUCAGAAAGUCUCAGUCAGAACCUAGUGAACAAGACGGUGUACUUGAUCUUUCCACUAAGAAAAGUCCAUGUGCUGGCAGCACUUCCCUGAGCCAUUCUCCAGGCUGCUCGAGUACUCAAGGGAAUGGUGAGAACUCAACAGAGACACUAUCAGUAGAUUCUAACAAUCAAUCGAAGUCCCCCCUGGAGAAGUUUAUGGUCAGACUCUGCACUCAUCAUCAAAAGCAAUUCAUUCGUGUUCUGAGUGACCUGUACACUGAAUCUCAGCCAGACACCGAGGACCUGCAGCCUUUAGAUUCUGGAGCAAUGGAUGCGUCAUCCUGCAGUGCUGGCUGUGCCCAGCUAAGCAACAGACAUAAAAAAAAUGAUGCUAUGUGCCUCGAUAGGAAAUCUCCUGCUUCUGUAGACUUGUUUGUAGACUCACUGGGCUCUCCCAGCUCUCUGCAUGUGACAGAACGGACCCUGAAGGAGCCUCCUCCCGAGACAAACUGUGUAGAUGAAAGCGAGAAUGCCUUGACUGUUGUCCAGAAAGAUUCCUCUGAACUUCCAGCCACUCAACCUAAUUCUGGCAGUUCAACAGAUAUUUCUACUAUAGGAUACCUCACUGCAUCUGAUUCUUUUUCACUGAACUCCCAUGACAUCUCUAAAACCAUAGAGGGGCAGACCACUGGACAAGAGCAAGACCCAAGUGUGAAGGCAUGUGAGGAUGGUGAAGACCAUAUGCAGAGUUCAGCUGUAGUAGAAAGUCUGACUGCAGAAAAAGUGGCAGCUGAGAAUAAUGAAGAGAGCAAUAGCUGUAUUGUUUCUCAAAGAAAUUCACUCAAAGCUUUAUCAGAAGAGACAUGGGACUCAGGGUUUAUGGGAAACUCACCUAAAACUGCUGACAUAGAGAAUGGUUUACAGUGUAGCUCAAAAACAUCAUUGCACCAGGAUUUAGAAACAAAUGAUCAAGAAGCAAGGCCAAAGCAAGAGCACCAUCUUCACUUAGUAGGAAGAAACAAGGUGGUUUACCAUUCACAUCCCAGUGACAAGGGCCAGUUUGAUCAUUCCAAAGAUAGUUGGUUAGCCCCCAGUCCUGUGCCAGCUGCACAUGAAGCAUCUAAUGGACACUCACGAACCAAGAUGAUACCAACUUCCAUCAAGACAGCUCGGAAAAGUAAGAAGGCAUCAGGGUUAAGGAUAAAUGAUUAUGAUAAUCAGUGUGAUGUUGUUUAUAUCAGUCAACCAAUAACAGAAUGCCACUUUGAGAAUCAAAGGUCAAUGUUUUCUUCUCGGAAAACAGCCAGAAAGAGUACUCGAGGAUACUUUUUCAAUGGUGAUUGUUGUGAGCUGCCAACUGUUCGCACACUGGCCAGAAAUAUACACUCCCAGGAUAAAGCAAGCUGCUCAUUACUAGAGUCAGAGGCUAGUAAUGUGACUCCCAAGCAGACUCUUACAGUUUCAGCCCCUAGGCAUACAGUGGAUGUGCAGCUUCCUGGAGAAGAUAACCAUGAAGAAACUUCUAAGGAAAUAACUUCCUCCGAGGAGGGAGGCAAAGACACUUCUUCUGCAAAAGAGUCUCAAGAGCCUGAGAUUUACCCCACAAUUAAUGAAAUAAAUCCUAGCACCUCUCCUAGGUUGGGGGAAGCAACAGCCCCUAGCCUGGUGAGUCCUCUGCCUGCUUGCUCCCCUGAAGAGGAUGUGCUGGAAGGCAGAACCAUGGUCUCCACUCCUAUAGAAAGUGUGGUGUCUCCCCCUGAACAAGACCAACAGCCAGUUGCCUUGCUAGAUGUGGAGGAAAUGCAUGUCCUCCAGGACUGCCACUUGGAUCCCCCAACUGAAAGCAUUUGUGGGGAAGACCGUGAAGUCCCUUUUAGGACUCAGUCUCCCCCAGAAACAGCCAUUAGAGAAGAAAACCCUCUCUGCUCAGAAGAUCAAAGUCCUCCUGUGGGCUCGGAGCCUCUCCUGAAUCUGGGACUGGCUGAGCACAAAGAAAGCUUCAGUACUGAGGCUGGGACUUUAGAUAUUCAAGAACCACAGACUGAGCCAUUCCUGAAAGCAAGCAGCACUUUUCAUAAUGAAAACUCUAGUGAGAUUGAAGAAGGUGAGGCAGCCUGUGAUACAGAAUACCUAGAGGGAGAGGAAAAUUCUGUAAAAUCCUCUUCAGAAAACAAUACAUGUGAUCCAAACAUUGACUCACCUGAAGAAAAUUUCGACAAGAAGAAAAAAAGUAAAAAGUUCCCUGAGGCCUCUGAUAGAUGCUUAAGAAGUCAGCUUACAGAUUCUUCCUCUGCUGAUAGGUACCUAAGACAUCAGAGUUCAGAUUCUUCCUCUGCUUGUCCUGAGAUCAAAGUUUCUAAAAACACUGGAGUAAAGUGUUCUAAAAAAGAAGACUACCUUGCUGGGACAACACCUGAGGGCUUUGUGAAUGACAGUUUCCAUGCAGAAGUUCUAGAAGAAACUGAAAGCCCAAAUGCCAGUAAAUGCCCAUCUGAGAAAGAGGUUGAACAGGAAAGUGGGGGAGGUGGCAUCAUUACAAGGCAGAGUUUUAAAAACAUGCUGACAAAAGAAGUCAAAAGAGAACAAAGAGAGAUCUCUCCUAGCAGGGAUCCUCUAACCACAGUUGGCCAGCCACUGCCUGGAGAGAGACUAGAAAUCUAUGUCCAGUCUAAGAUGAGUGAGAAAGAUGCUCUUGUGCCCUCAGAAAGUAUUCUUUGUAAGAAGGACCCAGAGCAGUCAAAUGAGACGCCAGGACACAUUUCCAAACAGGAUGUGGAGGCAGUUGUGAAUGAAGUAGACCACGAAGACACCCGGCAUAAAGAUGAUGCUAACCGGGUCCCACUGAGCUCAGUUCAGAUGUCCGAUAGUCAAAGUGGUGAUGCUGCUGGGCCACCAAAAUUGGUAGCAAGGCCUAAACGAUUGACCUCUUCAACCUACAACUUGAGACAUACUUACUCUCGAGACUCCUUGGAUACUACAAAAGUGACUUCAGAAAAGGAAGCCACACCAGUACACCCAAUACCAAAGGAACAUGAAGCUUCUGAGCAUGCAGAUCCCUUAGAUGAGGAAGAUGUGGACACAGUCGUGGAUGAACAACCAAAGUUUGUGGAGUGGUGUGCAGAGGAGGAAAACCAGGAGCUGAUUGCCAACUUUAAUGCCCAGUACAUGAAAGUUCAAAAGGGAUGGAUCCAGUUGGAGAAAGAAGCACAACCAACACCAAGAGCAAGGAACCGGUCAGAUAAAUUGAAGGAAAUUUGGAAAAGCAAAAAAAGGUCACGGAAAUGCAAGGGCUCAUUAGAAGCUCAAAAGUUUUCUCCUGUUCAGAUGUUAUUCAUGACAGACUUUAAAUUGUCUAAUGUUUGUAAGUGGUUCUUAGAGACAACUGAAACCCGGUCUCUGGUCAUUGUGAAGAAGCUCAAUACUCGUCUUCCAGGAGACAUUCCCCCUGUCAAGCAUCCUCUUCAGAAGUACCCUCCCUCCAGCCUGUAUCCCAGUUCACUGCAGGCUGAACGCUUGAAAAAACACUUAAAGAAAUUUCCUGGAGCUACUCCUGCUAGGAAUAAUUGGAAAAUGCAGAAACUCUGUGCUAAAUUUCGAGAGAAUCCCGACCAACUAGAGCCAGAGGACAGCAGUGAUGUUAGCCUGGGCCGUAAUUCUGAAGGCAGCAUAGAGGAAGUCAAAGAAGAUAGAAAUAGCCACCCUCCCACAAACCUACCUACUCCAGCCAGUACGAGGAUCCUCAGGAAGUACUCCAAUAUGCGAGGAAAGCUCAGAGCCCAACAACAACUGAUCAAGAAUGAGAAAAUGGACGGCUCCAUGAGUGUGGCAGUAGAAAGUAAGCAGCAUCGUAAAAGUGUGUGCAUCAACCCUCUGAUGUCCCCCAAGCUUGCCCUCCAGGUGGGUGCGGAUGGGUUUCCUGUUAAGCCCAAGAGCACUGAUGGGAUGAAGGGAAGGAAAGGAAAGCAGAUGUCGGAAAUCUUGCUUAAAGCUGAAGUUCAGAGUAAACGCAAGAAAACAGAAGGCAACAGCACUCAGGACAGUAAAGAUAGGUCACUGACUGUGAAAGCUGGCAAAGAAAAGCACGUCGAAGGACCUACCAAAACCUCUUGUGCCAAGAAGCCAUCUGUCAGGGACAGAGUCAGACAACUGCCGAAAAAAAUAUCUUUGAAAGAGAAUAAAGCCAAGAUCCCUAAAAAGUCCUCGGGCAAGAGCUCUGUGCCCUCCAGGAAAGAAAAAGAAAGUACAAACAGAAGACCUGCCCAAUCUGCCACCUCAGAAGCACUGAUGAAACCUAUGAAGCAAAAGGGAUCAGGGGAAUCCUCUUCCAGGCACCAGAAAACUACAAACAGGAAGCCAAGUAGUGGGAAGACUCGGACCAGACCCUUAACAAAAGGCUCAGAGAACAGUGCGGCCCAGAGAAAGCGAAAGCUCAAGGCAAAGCUGGACUCUUCCCACAGCAAGCGAAGACGUUUGGAUGCAAAGUGAUGGAAGGAUGUCAGCCAAGAGUGAAACUGAUCUAUAGAAGUAACCUUUUAUUUUGCAUUAUCUAAAUCGCUUUUAUAAGCUUACCAAGCCUUUCAAAUUGCAAUUAAUAGAAAACAUCACAAUUUGAGAUGUCAGAAAAUGCAUCUCAGGUAGAGAAAGGAACUUGUAGAGUCCUUCUCUGAGGUUGAGUAAGGGAAGUUAUAUAUUAUAUUCUGGUUGUUCCUUGGGUUUUAAACUUGGAACCGAGCAGUUUUUGUUUUAAAAAGUACAGUGCCUUAUUUAUCCUUUUUGUUUUGAAAUUUACAAAAGCUAAAAAGCGAUCUAUGUGAUUAAAGGCUUGUAUUUUAUACUUGAUGCACAAGCACUUGUACUGUAGCCAAGAAGACCACCGUCAUGCACGUGAAAGGAGCUUUCAGCAGCCACCCUGCAGCAUCUGCUGCUGAGCAGACGCCCUCUGCAAACCACAGCAGCAACUUUUCUCUCUGUCAUGUUUGUUAUUGUUUAAGUGAUAUUUGAAAGCUAAACCAAAUCAUUCUGUGGUAUGUGGAGAAUACAGAGGAUAUAUAAUUAUAAAAUAUUAAUAUUUCUGUUACCUUCUUAAAAUCAUAUUCAUUGUUGGUCACUCUUCUCACCUUUGUUUUUGUUUCAUUUUGUUUUUUGGUCUUUUUUGUUGUUUGAGAACAUGUUCUCUAAAUCUCAUGCCCAUGGGACAAAAGCUGUGUCACAAAUACUCAUUUUGGUUUACAACCUCUAAAACUUACUUAUAUCCCCAAAUUCUGUUCUGGCUGUAUUAAUAAUUCUUGACUGUCCUCUUUAUUUUUGGCCUUGCCAGUUUGUUAACAUUCUAGCAAGUAUUCAUCCUACUUUAGAAAUAAUUUGAUGUUUAAUUUGAUGAUUAAGAUGAAAGUGAUUAUUAUUUUUUUCUUAUCCAGAGUACUUUCUUAUUCAGAGGAAGCCAAAAUAUUAUUUCCAUUAAUAAGAAAUUUUAAAAAUAUAGGUGCACAUGUGCAUUUGGAUGCAUUUGCAUGUGGUUAUCAGCUGUAAAUGUCUCUUCCCCAUGCAGUGUGUUCAUGAAGCUGAGUAUUAGCAGCAGAUUCUAAGAGGUAUGAACAGCACAGUUAUGUAGAAUCAAGAGUCCCUGGCAGCGAGAGAGAGCUGCCCCAGCAGUUCAGUUGGUUCUAUUCCCCUACACACAGAGCUGAGGUUCAGCUUUGUGCUGACUGAGCCAAGUGAAUGUAUUUGUCUGGAGUAAAUGUCUGUGCGAGUUGAUUAGUGCCAUCAUAAGUAGUUGAUGCUGGUAAUACCACUUCUCCCAGAUCUCCUCCCCAUGGUCUGAUUCAUGGCUUAGAAGUAAGAAUUGCAGUAUUUGUAACUGAUGUUGUCUGCCUUUUCUAGGUAAAGCCUGAAUGAAAUAGGCCCGCUGGUUUUAUUCAGUGCCUAUAACAUUGCUCUGUUUAUAGCACAGUGUGUACUUGACAUUUCCUUUGGGCCGCUCUGAAAGAAAGGCUUGGUUGGUAAAGUCUCAGCUUCUUAACUUGUUCUGUCACCAAAAUAGGCUGGUAUGUACAGCUGUUGCCUUGUCCUUUUUUAAAAAAAAAACAACAAAAAACCAUUUAGGCUGUUUCAGAUCUCUUUAGGUAAACCCAGAUUUAUUUUUUUCAUGCAGGUCAUGAUAAAACAGGUUCCUUACCCAUUCUACUAAAGGUUUGCUGUAUGUGAUAAAAACUUCCAAUUGAAUAGGACUAAAGAAAAGCAUUAGAGUCAUGAGAAAUUGAGUUAUGUUUCACAGACAGUGAAGUUUACUAUCUUUAAUGAAGCCCUCUUUUUUGUUGUUUUGUGUGUAUUUGUGUGUUUCUUCUAUGCCAUGAGUCUUUUGUUUUUUAUUUUCUUUGACUUGGGCCUUUCAAGAGCUACCUAUCUGAAUGGAACUGCUGGGUGUGUGUGUGUGUUGCCAGCCCUUUUUUUGGCAUUAAGUUGCACAGAAGCAUUAAUAUGUUUUGAAUAAGUUCAUUUAUCUUAAAUUUUAAGACUUUAGCAUUUUUCUUCUCCUAUAGUUGUCACUGGAUACUGUUUUUGUGGUGACUUAUAAAAAGCUGAUGCUUGCCAGUGUCAGGUGUGCUGAUUCCUGUACAUAAGUGCUCCCUUGGCUGCUGAUGGGCUACCUUGUGAGGUGCUUGGGUUAGGUUAGGGAGAGGGUGAGACAGAGAGGACGUCGGUGGAGCUGUCCUAGUUCCAAGUUGAUAAUUUAUUCCUUUUCUAAAUUCUUUUUCAUUUUUAAAAGCUCACUUCAAGAUAACAGCCAUCUCUCUCAUUCUAGGCUGCAUUUAAGGAAGUCAGUGUGUAUUUAUUUGUAUUAUAUGCCUAACAAUGCCAUGGAUUAUCUUUAAAAUGGACAUUUUUCAGCAGUUUCUACAUUUAAAUAGACUGAAAUUCUAAAAAGUUAGAAGACUUAAAACUUUAGAAAAAUUUUGGUUGAAUCUCAUCUUUGCUUAUUCAGUUAAUUUUGCUGAUAGAAGAAAGAAAACAAAAAUAAAAUGUGAGGGCCAACUGUGGAAGGUCCUUUUGCACCUAAAGCAGAUACUGGAAAAGUCUCCCAGACAGCGCCAUGCCCAGAAUUGAUAUGGACUCCACUUGAUGUUUUCUCUCCUUUGAAAAGACCUUCUUCUUGUAGCUAUUUUCAAGUAUGGCAUGCUGCCAAAUGCAAAGGCAGUCUGCCCCACAUUCUGACUCCCAAAUCACAGGGAUUCCACUCCAGGGCUUAUACUCAGUGAAGCAACUGCUGCAGUGGUGGGGCUGAAGUUGGUGACCAGAGAACUGAUGCUCCCUGCGUUUCUGGAGGAGCUGGAAGAUGCCCAGGAAAUCAUCAGUGGAGUUGUAUCAUAACUUCUCCAAAACUGGGCCCUCUUUAGGACAUAAUUUCCUAUCUCGUCAAGCUCUCUAGGGGUGGGAUUGCUCCUUCUUUGAGGUCCAGAGCAUUACUCCAUCACUUCCUCGGACUGACCUCCUUGCAGUGCAACAAGAAGGCCACAAACCUUUUUUACUCAUGUCUGUUAAUCAGCACUUGCUAGUCCUUGGGAUUCCUUAAUGACUCCUACAUAGCCCUGUCUAGAAGAGUAAUCUUUGGAUGUGAGUUUGUCCUUCAUUGUUACUAUACUGGUACAGACAGAAGGGGUGCUUUAGUCAUCUCUUUACAUGUGGUGCUUUCUUAAAAGACUCUUUGUGCACCAUGUACUAUGCAGGUGAAUUUCUUACUGUUCAACUUUGUCAUCAGUAAAAUGCAUCACUUCAAGACAGCUUCUUUGAAUUGAGGUUCAGCUCCUUUCCUGCUUUGUGGUAGAUUCUGUGAUGACAGCAAAAGCUGUAACUCAUUUAUGGGCAACAUUUCUUUUGAUGAGUGAACUUCAGAGCCCAGAAGGAAAGUAUGAUGUGGUAUGUGAUGCAGGCAGAAGAUUGCUGUAGUAUUAACCAUCAGCGAGUCCAGUGUCUUGUGACAGCCCCUGGGUUGGGGCUGGAAUACCCCAAAGGGGCUAACUAGUAGACAGGGAGCCAGCCCCUUUUGUUUUCAGGUCAACUGGUAUAGGAUUCCUUUUGGCUUGCGGAUGAUCUGAAGGUCUGCACAUUGAAUUGGUUGUUAGUUUGUAUAAAUAAAAUUUUGUUGGAACAUAGCUUUGCCCACUUGCUUACUGAUUGUGGGGCAGAGCAGUUGCCUCAGAGACCAUAUGGCCACAAAGGCUAAAAUAUUGUCUAGAUCUUUAAAAUUAUUUUGCUUACCUCUGCUUCAGAAUAUAAUGCUUGUUCAGGAUAAAAUCUCCCUGGAUUUCUUCUUCUGCCCUUAUCGUCUCUGCUCUCUUCUUUGCCUCCUUUCUUCCUUAUCUUCCUUUUCUUGCUUGUCAUGCACUUCUUUGUUUCUUCCUGCAAAGGAAACAUGCUGAUAGCUCACAGGACCUGCCGCCUCUCUGCACUCAGGCAGACGUACUGUAGGGCUUCGGCUGACCCUUGGCUCCUCCAGAAAUCACAUUUAGAUGAGGGAAAAGGCUUUUUACAGUGUAAAAGUGUCUGACAACAAGCCCAAAGGAUUGUUUUCUUCUUAUGUUUUUGGUCAAUUUUGGAGAAAAUAAAAGUACUUUAGGAUUUAUAGCUUUCUAGCCACAUUCUUGCAAAAAUAAUUUUAUUAAAAUAAAAAAAAGUAAUCCAACAAAAAAUUGAGGCAGUUGAAGUGCUUUAGAAAAGAAUGAUUAAAAGUGUUAACCCCCUGAGUAUGACUGAGAAAUUAUGCAUUAUAUCUUUAGUUUAAGUCCAGUCUACUUCCUCCAAGAUGCUUUCAUUCCCCAGGAUUGUGGAUACAUUUCUUUGCUAUUUUCCAAAAUGUGAUUGUCAUGUCAGUGAAAACGUUUUUGGCAGUGACUUCCACAAAAUGAUUAUCUUGUGUGAAACGUGAGUUUUUUUGGAGAGUUUAGUGUUGGGGAUCAAGCCUAGGGCCUCGUGUAUUCUGGACAGUCACUCCCACUGUGCUGCACCCCCAGUCCAAUUAUUUUUAAUUUUUAGCUUUUAACUUUAUGACAUGGCGUAAAACCCACUGAAAUGUUUUUAAGUAUGAAAUUGUAUCUGUGUGCAUCACCAGCAACACAGUCUUCAUAUCCAAGCAAUAUCUACUCUUCCCCAUGCUUGCUCCUAAGUUCUUUCAGAGAAAAAUAAAGGAUUAUUGUAUUUAAAGCAAGGAGAGGCCAGACAUGGUGGCACAUGCGUAUAAUCCCACCAUUUGGGAGGCUGA